AUGAAGCAUAUGAAUAUGCACCAGUGCCGAUAUUCGGGCUUUGCCGCAUCCGUCAACAUCAGGGUCGCAGCCUUCACGGCAACUUCCACCACUACCUUUUCCUCCUCCUCCUUCUGCUGCUAUCGUCACUGCAACCUCAAACGCUGCGGUCGUCACGCGGCGGUGCCAGUGAGUCUUAGCCAGCGCGCGCCAGCGGCAGCAGCAGAAAUGAUGGGGCCAAGAAUACUACUUCUGCUCUUUGUAGCUGCGAUCGCCUACGCCGUACCAUAUUCAACGGCGGCGGUGGCGGCGGCGCGUGUUGCAGAGUACGGGCGCAACUGCAGGGACGUGGUGUGUCUGCCCAGCGAGGAGUGCGUGUUGCGCACGGACCCGUGCGUGGGCGACCGUCCCUGCGGCCGCUACCCGACCUGCCAGACGGCGAGCCGCCCCCGCGCCAACGAAACCUGCUCUGACUACCGAUGCCCCCGAGGACAGUAUUGCACCAUGCGCGAGACCCACUGUCUACGACGUCCUUGCACUCCGGAGCCAACGUGCGUUACCUCCCGUAGUUCCGCUGUUCGAAACACACCUUCUCCUUGGUAUUCUUUGAAUUAACACUAAUUCAUCAUCGACACCAAAGCAAGAUUUGAAUAUAUAUUAUUAUCAGUGUAAUGUAAUUAAAUAGCAGAUAAAUUGUUAUUUUCAAUAAACCAUUAUUUCC